AGCAGGUCUGUGAGGUUGCAUGUGGAGAACGUUGUGUGCUCUGGGUUUUUUUUCCCCCUCUCUACACUCCUUUCUCUCCACAGACGGAAUAAGUAGCUGCUCUUACACAAUAAUGCCACAGUCAGACUUUAUUUUGUUUUGAAACGCUUCCUGUACAACUAAUUUCUGUAGGUGGGGAUCGGUUAUGUUGUGGAUAGCAAUCCAGAGGCAGAAGAAAGUUGCUUCUUGGGUAGCCACAUGGAGGUAAUUACAUUUCUUGCAUUCCACAGACUGUGAUGCCUCCCCAUGCAGGGCUGACUGCCAAUCCAGCAGGAAACCAAUGUUCAGCAUUGUGCCUUCCAUUCUGCCCCAUCUAACUAUCCCAGGACUUCUUCUGUAUUAAUGAACAAAGAUGCACACUCUGAUCCAAUCUUUUCUGGGUAUAUGGUAUGUCUUAGGAGCAUUAGCUAAGACAGAAAUCAAGCUUGUAGCAGAUGAGAAUGUGACACUACCAUGCCGCCAUAGCCUCGCACAACUUGGGACUCAGAGCUUGGACAUUGAGUGGAUGUCAAACAUUUCUGAUCAUGGAAAGCAAGUUUUGCUCAGUUACAGCGGAGGACAGGUGUACAAUACUGAAAACCACAAGGGACGUUACAGCUUUGUAUCCAAAUAUCUAGAAGGAGAUGCUUCACUUUUCAUCAGAUCUCUGCAGCCCAGUGAUGCGGGACAGUACAUUUGCAAAGUCAAAAAUGCAGGACAGUAUCAGUGGAGUUUCAUUACAGUAAUUGUUUUAGUUAAGCCUUCAGAACCAGCAUGUAGUUCAGAAGGAGAACAACUUGAGGGGAAAAAUUUGACCUUGCAUUGCAAGUCAUCGGCUGGCACAAAACCCUUGAACUACCGCUGGUUCCGGGUGAAUCUCAAAGAUGAUGUAGAAAGGCCUGUGCAGAGUACAACACGCAUCGGACCAGAAAACCAACUGCUGUUUCAUAAUUUAAGUAAGACAGACAAUGGAUCCUAUCGAUGCAAGGUGUUUAAUGAAGUAGGGAUGCGGAUCUGUGAUGUACAUGUAACUGUGCAGAGAGCGAGCAACACAGGAAUUCUAGCAGGUAUCACCUGUGGAGUAGUGGUUGGUGUGUUCCUUAUUUUCCUUACAGUCUGGCUGCUGUUUCGCAAAAAAGAGUUCAAGAAAAGAGAAGAGGAAGAAUUCUUUAAUGAAAUUAGGGAAGAUGCUGAAGCCCCAAAAGCUCGACUUGUGAAGCCUGGAUCAUCUUCCUCAGACUCCAGAAGCUCUCAAUCAGGUUCUUCAUCUACCAGGUCUACAACAAACAGUGCCUCUCGGAGUCAAAGGACUCAUUCCACACAGGAAACACUCCAUGGCGAGCAAAUACAUCAUUGUCUAGAGAAGAUAUAGCAAGAAUUGGUUGGGCUACAAGAAAAAGAAAUAAACUUUUUAAAGCAACAAAAUAAAGCCAUUUUCUCUUCCAACCUGGAUGUGAUUUACGGAAAUAUUGUGGACAUGCACAUUAUUUAAAAAAAGAGAAACUUUUGAGUAGGCUGGUUGACUUUACAUAAUCUUUCACUUAGAUUUUAAAUCUUUUUACAAUUUGGAGCUCUACAGUAUUACAUAUAUUGGAGACAAUACUAAACAGUUACACCUAUGUUCUUUCAAUAAUAGGAUGUAUUUAUGGAGAACCUAGAUAAGAUUACAAAGUGGAAUGUGAAUAAUAACUACAAUGCUUUUAAUGCAUUCUGAUAUUUGAACAAUUUGCCUUCAGAGAUGCAACAACUUGAUAAAGCAUUGGGAUGGAAUCAAUGUGAAUUGCUUUAUAAGGGAAACCACAAAAAGUCUUAUUUUAUAAUAAAAGUACAAGUUGAUAUUACAAUACAAUUUAUUUUAAGAAGGGACAUUUUUAUGCUUAUUAUCAUGUUUAUAUAUGUGUGUGUAUUUUAUAUCCUCAAGAAUUUGGGAUUACAAAUCAUACCAAAUUUCUAGGACAGCUGACAGAUGUGGUUCAGAUCCUAUUACCUGAUCCAUAUUUACCUACAAGAAAACCUAUUUUUAAUAAAAAAAUGUAUUUAAA